UACAUUUUAAAAUCAAAAUGCGCCGUGUUUCAAGAUUUGUGGCACUGAUUUUCCUGUUGUAUGGAUUUAUUUCUCUUUACAACAUGUAUGAAAGACUCUUAGAGAGAGAAUUGCAAUCUACAGUGCUGAAUUUGCAAGUGGACAGUGGAUUACCAAGAAAGAGGUUAAACAGGUUACAAACGUUCAACAACUCAGAAAUGUAUAAUGCAAGUUUCCCGCCACAGCUGAGGCUGGUUUUGGGGUACAUGAGAGGGGGGUCUACCCUGACAGCUGACCUGGUCCGCCACACGGAGGGCGACUUUUACAUGUUUGAACCAUUACAUGCAUUAUCACAGGCAGUGCGAUGGGAAAAUACAACAAUGUUUCUAAAUGGCACAGAGCGAGCGAUUAAAAGAGAGAUACUCGAAUUUGUUUAUCCAGAGAUGAUUUAUCACUGGUUUACGUGUAACUUUACCCAAAUUGACCUGACUGCAUUAACAGAUCCUUUUAUAGCGAUACAUACACCGGAACACAUGGAGUACUAUCAAUGUUUUGAAGAUAACAUGAACAGAAGCAUGAGUUUGAUUGAAAGUGUUAAAGAUUGUGUUGAUUUUUUGAAUGCACAAUGCUUAACUGCAAAGACCAGGACAAUAAAAACUGUUCGCAUGUCCAUGUCAAUGGCGGAAAAACUUUUAAAAUGGCUGCCAGAUCUGAAAGUUAUUUAUAUAAUACGGGAUCCAAGAGGAAUCUUGAAUUCUCAAUUUGAGCAACAUGUGACGGAAGUUAAAAACAUGUCUUUUACUGUUAAAAAUGUAUGUGAUGCUAUCUAUUCAGAUUCAUCACAUUUAACACAAAUGGAGGUUUAUCUGAAAAGCAGGAUAAAAAGUAUAAUUUACGAAAACCUGUGUCAAAACCCACUCAAACUUGUGCCAGAAAUAUAUAUGUUUUUGAAAGCUGAAUAUACGAAAGAGGAGGAGGAUUAUGUAAGGCAAAUAAUGAAUGGACCGGUUAAAAUAUGUCAUUAUUGCACAGAUCGUGGGGACGCAUUAGGAAACGCUUAUAGAUGGAUACAUGUUAUCAAAGAAGACACCUUAAUAACUAUUGAUCAUUAUUGUUCAUUUUUGUAUACAAAAUUUGGAUAUCAACAUCUAGAAUUUGAUAACCUGAACACAACAAGGUUUUCCUGGAUACUUGUUUCAUAAGGGAAAUACAAUCAUAACAUUUUGACAAGAAUGACUCGUGAAGUGUUUAUUGUUUUUUGCACCAUAAAUUUAUAUCGUCAUCUCAGUUUAGGAAAUGAAUAAAUCAUCCUUAAGAUAAUAUGGUUUAUGUACUUUGUAUUCAAUUUUUUCAAAAUAUUGGUAGCUUUUUGUUUUGACAUUUUUGUUUAUGUUUUUUGUAUUUGACAAAAUAUUUUACAAACUGAUUGUUUGCAACAGGGGAGAUACCAAUUUAAUUGUUCUUUGCACCAAAGAAAUAUCCCGAUGAUCUCCCCUUAGCUAUAUUUGUGUUAUAUACUUUUUGUCAUUUAAUAGAUGACAUUUUACGGUCAAUAUAGGAUGUCUUUGUCAUGUUUGAA